GCAGGAUGUAAAAUCUUAGUUCAACCAAAUUUGGAGAAUCAGCAACGGCCGUAUGUGAAGGAGAAGGCAACAGAAGUAGAUGAACUUGUCAAACACAUGUCUAAUUUGCCAGGUUAUCUCCAGCGCAUGGAUGGAGGACAAAACCUUCAAGAUAAAGCAUUCAAUGUUGGAGUGUUGGAUUGGGCACGUUUGGAGAAAUGGAAAUAUACCCAAAAGUGUAGCCAUACAAGUGGACACAAUAAUGUACCGUCCACAAGUAGUUUAUCAUUUAGAACAACAAUCAAGUCAUCUACCUCUUCUAGCGCUGCGCAACAGGGAACACCUACUCAUCAAAGUAAGCAACAUCCAUCCCUUCGGCCAAGUUUUAACCCAUCUCAAAAGGAUAGCUUUCCUCGAAGUGCUAAACCAUCUAGCCAAAAGGUUUUACGCCAUCAAAAUUUAGGGGCUUCUCCAAGAAGCAACUUGGAUGGCCAUAGAAAGAUAACACGGGCUGGCAAGUCUUGCGCCAGCAAUAAUGCUGAUUUAAUACUCAGAAAGGAGAAGACAAGAUAUUCAGACCAGAAGAUCAUUUCAGAAAGAGAAAAUUCGUCAACAAACUUGAGCAAUUAUGUGAAGAUUGCAGUAGUUGAGAAGGAAAAAGAGAGUACAUGGGAUGAUAAUGUGAAGAAGAGGGUAGAGGAGACAAAGGAAUCGAAUACAAAUAGAAAAGCUUUAUAUAGAACUCAUGUGGUCUCAUCCCGUUCAAAGGAAAAGUUAAGUGGUGGCUCUGAUGAAACUAAGAAGAGAACACGUAAGUUAAAAGUCUCCCAGAAGGAAUCCAGAAGACUAUUGGAUGAUAAGUUGUUUGAAGCAAAUCAUAAUAGCCUCUCAGUUGACUUUCCUCAGGAGGAUGUUUGCUCUGAAGAACUCCCUUCCGAUAUCCCACACUCUUGCCCGCUCCCCGCUAAAGUUGAGACUAAAGUCGAGCCAAUCUUGAUAGCAGAUAGCCUUGCAAAUAGUCCACGUGUGGAGCUCUCAUCUGACGCAUUUCAGAACCCAUAUUCUAACAAGACUUCCAAUAUACUCCCUGAAGGGAAAAAGGGAGAACAGAACACCCUUGAGGAUAUGAAUGCAAAUGUGGUUGAAAAUCUGAAGCUACUGGACCUAGAAAUGACAGCUACAAAAAGCCGAAAUCCAUCACCAAAUCGCCGGUUCAGCUUUAGCUUAAGUCGGAUUGGCAGAAGUUUCAGCUUAAAAGAGGGUUCCAGUGUACCACAAUUGAGCUCCCCAUGUGUUUCUGUGAAGUCUGAGGAGGCUUUGCGUUUGGAUGAUUCAAACAGAGAGAGGGUAAAUGGUCUGAACAGAGCUAGAUCUAGCCCUUUAAGAAGGAUUCUAGACCCACUGCUCAGGUCCAAGGGCCUAAACCCAGUUCAUGCUACUGCAACAGUUCAGCCAACAGAAAGUUUAAGUUACAUCAGCCUUAGGCCAAUUAAUGGCUUUGAAUCACUUCCAAAUGAAAGGCAUGAACCACCAACUACUCAAGCUCUUCUUCAGCUUAUCAUAAAGAACGGACUCCCUUUGUUUAGAUUUGUGGUCGACAAUAAUAGCACUGUUUUAGCUGCCUCCCCAAAGAAUUUAGCAUAUGAGAAAGAUAAAUCUGAUCAAAAUUAUACAUUUUACUCUGUGAAGGAAAUUAAGAAAAAGAGUGGUGGUUGGAUAAGUCAAGGAAGUAAAAUGAAAAGUUGGGGCUAUGGCUAUAAUGUUGUUGGUCAGAUGAAGGUUUCCAGCUCUCGUUCUAUUGAUUUGACAGGACAGAACUUAAAAAGCGAAUGCAUAGUUCGAGAGUCUGUUUUGUUUGGUGUUGAACACACACAGGAAAAUCCGGCGUCUCCGUUGUUCAUGCCAAGUAGAGAGCUUGCAGCUGUUGUUGUGAAAAUGCCAAGUGAGCAGCAGAAAGAUGAAGGUGUGAUUGAUAAAGGCGUUACGGACUGUAUGUCAAGAGAUGGAUGUUCUGUAAACUCAGCAGGCAAUGUCAACACUAAUAGUACUACAGUCAUACUUCCAGGUGAUGUUCAUGGCUUACCCAAGAAAGGGGCACCUUCACCCUUGAUAGAGAGAUGGAAAUCCGGUGGACUAUGCGAUUGCGGGGGUUGGGACAUUGGCUGCAAACUUCGAAUACUCGCGAACCACAAUCAAACCUCAAAAUUUCUCAGAACAUCUAAUUGCUGCACAAAUUCGGAUUGUUUUGAACUUCAUCUCCAGGGAGGAACUCAACAGAACAAACCCAUCUUGAGUUUGGUGCCAAUAAACAAAGAAAUCUACUCGGUUGAAUUCAAUUCAUCAGUCUCUCUGUUGCAAGCAUUCUUUGUUUGUGUCACUGUUUUAGGCUGUCAAAAAUCAUCUGAUAUCUCAGAGAUAAAUAGCCUGUUCGAAGCCAAAAGUUUCCAAGCAGAGUCAAUGUUGAACUGGAACGGGAUAAGGAGCACCCCUCAUAAUAUUUUCAAGGGAAAAAUUCCUGCCAAAUAUGCUCCGAAUCCGCCAACCUCCCCUGUUGGAAGAGUAUAGCUGUAUAAUCUCGUGCAAGUGAAUACUUUGCUUUCUAUUUCAUGUAUAGAGGUCAAAAAUGUUAAAAUAGCCAUAAGGUUGCAACUCAAUGUUUAAUGCGUAUCUUGUAUUCAUGAUCAUUUGCUUUGCAUAAUGCCAAAUACCUAAUAGAUUGUAAUACAAUGAGCAUUGUGGUA